CUUUAUCUCACUUUUGACAGGAAUAAUUUCCACGGCGGAAGUUUACAUAUUCUCCCCAAUCAGAAACACGCGUUGUUCGGUUAUAUAUUUGUUGUAUUCUCCGUCACGCGGAUCAGAUUUCAAAGUUGAAUAGCUAUAGAUCGCGACACGUUCUGACUUUUUGCUGGUUUCGGAAUUGAAAAAAUUCUUCAAAAAGACCUCAAAAUGGUGCAUCGAGUAUUGCAUAAGGGAAGCUGUCAUUGCGGUACUGUCAAGUGGCAGGUUUACGCUGACGAGGAAAUCAGCGUCAUCGAAUGCAACUGCUCUGUUUGCAAGAAGAAGCACAGCAGGUACUUCAUCGUGCCACUGGAUCACUUCUGCAUCACAGCUGGACACGAACACCUGCUCACUUAUUCCUUCAACACUCACACAGCUAAGCAUAAUUUCUGCCGCACCUGUGGCGUACAAAGCUUCUUCAUCCCGAGAACGAAUCCGGACGCAGUCGGGAUAAUGCCUCACUGCAUCGACAGCUUAACGGUGAAGAAGGAAAAGGUCAUCAAGUUUGAUGGCAUGAACUUUGACUCCGCGGCAAAAAAACACAGAUCAAUGCUGAUGAAACUGGCUCGCAAGGAAAGCUGUGUGAACUUGAAGCUCAGCAACAUACAUUAGCAAAAGGUUGAAACAAAUAACGUAAGUAAUUCAAUCCCGCGAUUCCCGCGUACCGAAAAUGUAAUCCACAAAAACCGAAUCCUCCGGAGAACCCGACUACGAUCAUUCCCACGAAAAGUCCCUCUUCGAAUUGAAAUUAUUUUGUAUAACGGUGGUCAGCAAGAAAUGAAUGAAAGAUUUCUGCGUUACUUU